AUGUCUGCUAUUUCAAAGUCUUCUCUGGAUGGUUCGUGGGUGGUAGAAGAUCAGAACCAAGACAGUCUCAGUGAGGGCGACAGUUCCGACAGAGCAGACACGACCCAAAGCCCCAGAAUGACAAGAGUGCAAAAAGACAGUUCAUCUGAAAGACCCUUUGUGGCUCCACGGUCAAAGCCGUACAAGCAAACAAGAUCUAUUCCUACCGAGCCAGAAUUCAUCAUGCCUUCACCUUCCACCACGACUGUGUUGCCUGUUGCUGAUAGGCUGGUCAAGAAGCGCAAAGGUAAAGGUGCUUCCCUGCCUUCAUCACAAGAGCACCUCCACAAGCAGCCAUCAGGCGUAUCUCCGGCGCAAGACGUUCCACAAGAGACAGUCGCUUCCAGAGUACUCGAUCAAAUGGUGCUUAUACUGGGCCAUGCUGCUGAAUGGACACUCGACAUCAUGGGCCAAACGCUAAAGGCGUUGAAGAAGCCUAUCUCUUGGGUGCUGGCCGCCUAUCUUUUUGCUGGAAUGUUGAUGUUCCUUCAGAAUCUUCUCACUGCAUCGAUCUACACCGCGCUGUCGCCCAUCUGUCGGAUCCCUGGCAUAUCUUUAUUCCAUCUACCAAUUUGCCAGUAUGCUUCGUCUGAUCCCAACGCUCCCACACUUGACGCAGGCAGUUCUGCUCCUGUUGAGUUUGACGCGCUCAUGAAGACGCAAUCGCACUUUGAAGAGAUUCUAUUCGAAUCUGCAGCUGGCAUCACCUUGCCUUUGGACAUGAAGAGAUCAGAGACAUCAAUCCGCGAUCUGCGGCAAAUCGUCCGAUAUUCGCAACUACCCUCACGCAACGAAUUGACACUCGAAUUCGACGGAUUCAUCGAGACGGCGCGGAUAGCUAGCUACGACUUGCAAAAGUUCAACUCGCAUGUCGGACGUGGCGUGGAUAUUGUGCUGAGCACCGCACGCUGGACCCAGCGAGUGCUCGACGACAUGGCCACGAAAAAGUCUUCGCGUGGGGUGGUGCCGUCAUUCAUUCAGGACCGAUUGCUCGCACCAUUCAAGCCUGUUGAGUUCAGUGAAUCGCGGCUGUUGGAUCAAUAUAUCACACAUACACGAGUGAUUGGAGAUGAGAUUGAACGGUUGAUAGAAGAAGCCCAGGCAUUGCUGUUGGUGUUGCAGAAUCUCGAGGACAGAUUGGAAGUGAUACAUGGCGUGUCUAUGCGUGACAAUAUCGCCGCGCAGGCUGGAAAGGACGAGAUCCUCGGACACUUGUGGACACUACUUGGUGGGAACCGCGGGAAGUUGGGGAAGUACAACAAGCAGCUCAUGUUGUUGCGCGAGGUUGGGCAGUAUCGCAAGAUCGCAUAUGCACAUGUCUCGGCGACGAUUCUCAAGUUACAGGCUAUGGGCGCGGAGCUGGAAGAGUUGCGCACACGAGUCGCCAGUGCCGAAGUUCUCCAACAUCAUCGCGAAAUCCCGCUGAGUGUACAUGUGGAAAGUAUUCGUCUGGGCGUGGAGAGGCUACAAGAAGGCCGUGAGCGCGCCAGGCGGAUCGAGCAAUCUCAUGUGCGGAGGAUCGUUGAUGGGGUUGAACCAGAACCGGUCAUGCCUAGGCUGGGCGAGGCAUGA